AUGCUCUCAACGCGCCUCUUGCUCGGGGCCGUACUCCUGCCCAUAUUCUACCUGCUCGAUCAGAAUCUGCACAAGGCAUACAUUUUCGACCCAGCCAAGCUACAGCAGAUAUCGCAGAAUGCCAUCGCGAUCCACGGCAACGACACGCUGCCGAUGAUGCGGCAGAUCACCGCGGACUUGCAAGCAGAGUACGGCAGCGCCAUCGUCGACUGGACCAAGGAUGAUUGGUUUUUCAACAACGCCGGCGGUGCAAUGGGCACAAUGGUCAUUCUCCACUCCUCAAUCACAGAGUACUUGAUCUUCUUCGGCACCGCAUUGCAGACCGAGGGCCACGCGGGCGUUCACAUGGCCGACGACUACUUCACCAUCCUCGUCGGCGAGGAGCAUUUCGCGGGGCCCGGCGACUUGACGGCCCAGGUCUACCGGCCGGGCGACCAGAACCAUUUACCCCGUGGCUCGUCGACGAGGCAGUAUUCCAUGCCCGGUCCAUGUUUCGCGCUCGAGCUCGCCCAGGGUUGGAUUCCAGCCAUGUUGCCAUUUGGAUUCGCCGAUACCUUCAGCAGUACUUUGGACUUUGGAAAUCUUUGGAAGACGGUCAGGUUGACGGCUAAGCAUAUGGGCUCUCAAGCGCUUAUGGGCAAAUUCUAA